AUUUUUUCUCUUCCCCGCCCAAAUAUGAAUCCAUCGUGGCAACCCCCGAAUGCGUAGAUUCCUCCUUUCAUUUUUCCCAUUGUCUUCUCAGACUUCUGUCAUCUAAACACUGUCAUCACCAUCAUCCCAAAAUAUCCUCCAACAUUCCCAACCCAAAUUCCAAACCUCCCUCGCUCUGCACAAAUUAAAUUGCUCUCAUGGCUCACCGUCAACUCAUGGACUCACUCACUUCCCACAUCUCUCUCUACCAUUCCCAAUCCCCAAAUUCUAACCCUAACCCUAACCCUAGAAUCUCCAUUCUCAGAUGGUUCUCCUCUCUAUCAAUUCACCACCGUCUCUCUCAUCUCACCAUUCUUGAUUCUAAUUUCGUCCAGAUCCUCCUCCAAAUGCUCUCCAAACUCCAAUCCAACGGCCACGGUUGCUUCAUCAUCCUCCCCGAUCUUCUCUCUCGCGAUCCUCCCUUCCUUCCCACUGUCUGCUUCAAGAAAUCACACGGCCUCCUUUCUCGAAUCGCCGAAUCAGACAUCGCCGGUAAGUUAAUAUUUGAUUCGGCUCGGCUUUUUGAGUCCCAGGAAGGGGAGGAGGCGUCGGAGUGUUCUUGUUCAGCGAGACGGCUUGAUGCAGUGACGUUUUCUGAGGAACUUGUGGAGGAUGUUGACAGAUUUAUGGAGGCGAUGGAUCAAAUCUCUGGCGGCGGGUUUCUUAGAGGGGAAGAGGCUGAUCUUGGAGAGGAUUGGGUGGAAUUGAAUUGGUUGAAAUCGAAGGGGUAUUAUGGGAUUGAGGCUUUUAUUGCGAAUAGGAUCGAGGUUUCGAUGAGGCUGGCUUGGUUGAAUAGUUGUGGUGGGAAAAAGAGAGGUGUGAAAUUGAAGGAGAAGUUGAAUGUGGUUGGGGUUGCUGCUAAUUUUUAUUGGAGGAAGAAGGGUUGUGUUGAUUGGUGGGGGAAUUUGGAUCCUGUAACAAGGAAAAAGGUGUUCAACACUAUCAUUAUGAAAUCCGCGAAAGCUUUGACGUAUGAGAUUUUGAAAGUGGCAAGCAGUGCCUCUGAAGAAGAGGUUUGGCUAUACAGUAGAGGCACGGGAGUGGAUAAACUACUUGACUAUAAUUGUACUGCAUCUGCUCAAAGGACCACCCGAGCAUUUUGUGAUGAUACAGAAUUUGGAAAAAUUAUUACACCAGUCAGCUUUAGUAAAAAGCCUGCAGAGUUAGCUAGAGCCUUUAAUUCGUUAUCUGUGCUUCAAGACAUUACAUUAAUGUUAACAUCAAGUCCUAAUAGUGAAUAUGAUAUAGGAACUCUUUUCUUUAGUUCGUUGCGUUCUGUCUCUACAAUAUCUGAUUGUAUAUUACGAAAAUUGAGAGGUUUUCUGAUGGUUAUUUCGCUUGACUGCACUAAAUCUGAGCUAUUAGAGGAGGAACUUGACAAAUCCUCGUCGGGUAAACCUAAAGAAAAGCAUGGUGUUUCUAACCGUAAAAAGAAGGGACGGACCCGCAAUACUAAAAGGCAAAAUCCUGCACCAAAGACAUCUGUGAGUGGUAUUUCAUGUGAAAAUCUUCAUAAGGACAUUGAUCGUCUAGUGGACAGUAAAAAGAAGACUGAUUUAAUGAGACCCAGGGAAUUUCCGAACAUUCCACUGGGGAAGGAUAUUUCUACAGGGAGCUCGUCAUCAACUGUAAAAAUGGAUCAUACUCAGGAAUCAAAUGUUGGCAAACCUCGAACCACUUCAAGAAGAAAUAGAAAAGAGAAAAAUAAAAAUAAAAAUAAAACCACCCUUGUUGAUAGUGCAGUUGAAGAUUCUCAUAAGUCGGGUACAGAUGCUGCCUCUAUCACUAUUACUUAUGAAGGUGAGGUGGCAACAUGCGAUAGUUCUUUUGAUAAUUCUACCAUUCAAAAUGUCAAAAACAACGAUUCAAUCGGUAAUGACAUCGUUACUUCAAAUUCAAGCCUUUGUAGUUCUGUUAAUGGACUUACUAAGGAAAACAGCUCUACCAGGAAAGUUGAAAAAGAGAAUGUUGAAGAUCUUGCUGGAAGUUGCAAUAGUUCAGGUUCUCAGUGUUGUUUAUUGUCAAAUGAAAGGAAAACAUUAUCCUCUGAAUUAGAUACUUGCGAGGUAGAGUGUAAAGCUACAACACCACCUGAACCUGCAUUGAAGCAUGAUAGUUUCUGCAGGAAUGAAGAUACCUGUCGUACGAGAACAACAGGUGCUGCCAAAGCUGAUGUAAAGUCAACUGUUUAUGACAAACCAAUUAGAGAGGUUAAUGUAAAAGAGUUUGGCAAGUUGAAGGAGCGAGAUAGAUGCCUAUUUGAAAGUAGAAAUUCAGCUUUCUCAAAAUGCAGUCCAUAUGAGUGGCCUGGUAUACCUUCUAUCUAUUUUCCAUCUUUUAACUCACAUCUCCCUCCUGCAACAGACAGAUUGCAUCUGGAUGUUGGGCGCAAUUGGCAUAAUCACUUCUGCCACCCAUUUGUUCCCACAUUACAGCAAGCAAGAAAUACACCAAUUGAAGGUGGAUGCAGUCAAAUUCUGCCUCGUUCAAUUCCUAUGAGUUUUGACUGGCCUCCAGUUUUUCGCGGUGGUGUGACUCCAUCACCAAAUUGUAAUUAUGAAUCUGGUUUUAUGUCUAGGCGGCAAUGUACAUUUUCAAAAGGGUUGGCUGUUCACAGCAUGCCGGUAGAUGGAACAACUUCUGAUGAUGAAAGGAAGUACUCUGGGGAUAUAUUGGAUUUACCUGAUCUAAUAAAUACACAUGAUCUUGCAGAUGAAUUUGACAACCUCUGUGUAUCAGAGGAAGAGUAUGAUUUUCAUGCGGUUUCUGGUAUAGAUUAUAAUCAAUAUUUUGGCGGGGGCGUAAUGUACUGGAACCCUUCUGAUCAUCCAGGAAAAGGUUUUUCUCGACCUCCCUCUCUCAGCUCCGAUGACAGUUUAUGGGCCUUGCGUGAAGCUGACAUGAAUAGGACAGUGGAUGAUAUGGUUGCCUUCUCAUCGUCAUAUAGUACAAAUGGUUUAACAUCACCAACUGCUGCGACAUUUUGUUCUCCCUUUGAUCCUGUAGGGACUGGGCCCCAGACUCUUGGCUAUGUAAUGUCAGGUAAUGAAGUACCUGGGAAAGUGUUGCAUUCUUCAUCAGUUACAGAUGCAGCAGCCGAUGACGAAAGUUCUUGUUCUUUGGGUAAUAACUUACCUGGAGAAACUGAAGGGAAGGCUGGUGAUUCACAUCCAUAUCCCAUUCUACGGCCAAUAAUUAUUCCUAACUUGUCAAGGGAACGGUCCAUAUGUGUUGAUCAUAAAAGCCCUUGUGUUCCUCCUACCAGGCGAGAGCAGCCUCGCAUAAAGCGGCCACCAUCACCUGUAGUGCUUUGUGUACCACGUGCACCACGUCCUCCCCCACCCUCCCCUGUGAGUGACUCCAGGAAACAAAGGGGUUUUCCAACCGUUAGAUCUGGGAGUUCCAGUCCAAGACACUGGGGAAUGAGAGGCUGGUAUCAUGAUGGAAGUAAUUUGGAGGAUGGUUGUUUAAGAAUGGAUGGUGCUGAAGUUGUGUGGCCGCCUUCUUGGAGAAGUAAAAACCUUGCAGUGCAACCUCUGAUCCAACCUUUACCUGCUGCCUUGCUGCAGGACCGCCUGAUUGCAAUGUCACAGAUAGCACGUGACCAGGAACAUCCGGAUGUCGCCUUUCCUCUGCAACCUCCUGAGUUACGAAGCUGUUCUGCAACGAGUACAUCUUUAUCUUUGAUGCAUGCAAUGCUCCAUGAUGAGAUUGACUCUUUCUGUAAGCAGGUUGCGGCAGAAAACAUGGCAAGAAGGCCUUACAUUAAUUGGGCUGUCAAGAGAGUUACCCGAUCUCUACAAGUUCUAUGGCCCAGGUCCAGGACAAACGUAUUUGGUUCCAAUGCCACUGGUAUGGCUCUUCCAACCAGUGAUGUUGACCUUGUGGUUUGUCUCCCUCCAGUGAGGAACCUGGAACCUAUUAAGGAAGCUGGUAUAUUGGAAGGUCGUAAUGGUAUUAAAGAAACAUGUCUUCAGCAUGCAGCUAGGUAUCUUGCCAAUCAGGAAUGGGUAAAAAAUGAUUCUCUGAAAACGGUGGAAAAUACUGCUAUACCUAUUAUUAUGCUUGUGGUGGAAGUACCUGAGGACGUUAUCACUUCAUCAGCUCCUACGUUACAUUCAUUAAAAGAAGAGUCACUUUGUACUACUGGUGAACAUGGUAAUGACAGUCAUUAUGAUAUUAUCCAGUUAGAAGAUUCAGCUUUGCGGAAAAGGUCUCAAACUAAUUUUUAUGCUUUCAAAGUAUCCAAAUCAGUUCGCGUUGACAUCAGCUUCAAGUCCUCGUCACAUACAGGACUCCAAACUACAGAAAUGGUUAAGGAAUUGACGGAACAAUUUCCUGCUGCUACUCCUCUUGCUUUGGUACUAAAACAGUUUUUGGCAGAUCGGAGCCUUGACCAGUCCUACUCUGGCGGCCUAAGUUCCUACUGUUUGGUUUUGCUAAUUAUACGUUUUCUUCAGCAUGAGCACCAUCUUGGCCGGCCAAUCAACCAAAAUUAUGGAAGUAUUCUGGUGGAUUUUCUUUACUUUUUUGGGAAUGUGUUUGAUCCUCGACAAAUGCGGAUAUCGGUGCAGGGAAGUGGACUUUAUAUUAAGAGAGAAAGAGGUUGUAGCAUUGAUCCAAUUCACAUAGAUGAUCCUCUUUUUCCAACAAAUAAUGUAGGAAGGAAUUGCUUCCGAAUACAUCAAUGUAUUAAGGCAUUUUCAGAAGCUUAUAUUGUUCUUGAAAAUGAACUUGCGCUACUAAAUAGUGAUGGUGAGUCGUGCUCAAGGCCAUCUUACAGGCUGCUACCAAAAAUAAUCCCAAGUCUUGAUGUAUCGUAGAGAUUCUCGUUACAUGAAGAUUGAAAAGUUGUUUUGUCUGAAAGGUUCUUGGGUCUGUGCAAAGUUAUGCAUGCCAGAAUAUUGUUUUGAAGCACAAACUCAAGGCGUGCAUUCCAAGUGGUGGGUCGGAAGUUGAAGUGUUGAACAAUGCAAAUCAUUCUUGCUGGUCACUGAUUAUCUGCCCUAUGCUCUUCAAUACCCAAUGAAUUGCAUCAGUGGAGUUGUUCAGAACUAAAGACAUUUUGGUGAUACAUAUUACGUGAUGUGAAGCGGAAAAGAUGGUUUUAUCUUUGGGAGUCUUCUUGAGACAAAUAAAUGCAAUGUUUUGCAGGAUUUGAAGAGCAGCAGAUGGAAGGAAAUUUUCCGAUAAACACCUAAGCAUUUGAGAAACCCUCCCUUAAAAGCUACAGACAAGGAGGAAGAAUCAAGCCACAUAAUACACGGUGUGGGACUUAGAGACCCUUUAAUAUCAAAUUUCUACCACAAAUACUUCACUCAACCGUUUUCAAGUCAGUCCCUCCAUAGGGGUACUCCUUUUUGAGACAUCAGCAAUUGGUUCUGAUACUAUGUCAACUGGCAUGUACUACAUGAUGUUUGACUUAGGCAUCCAUAAUACUGAAGCCCCAAUCAUCUGGCAAUUUUGUCAUAUAUUUUAUCUUCCUUUGUGUAACUAUUUUCACAUCAAAAUAAUCACAUUUUGGACACAUCAUAGACAAAAUAACUGUUGUCAACUAUGUUUUGCAAAUUAACUGAUUUGGCUUAUUUUUUUUUAUUGUUAUUUCUAACUGAAUUUGGCUUCCUUCAUUGCUAUGGUUACAUUCGUCCUUAAACUAAGUUAAUUGCCUUCUGAAACUUA